CAGAUAUAAAACAUCCUAAAAGUUUUUGGAAAAUUUGUAGAUUACUUUUUUGUCUAAAAAAUCUACAUCCUAUAAUUUUAUUUAAUAUUAAAUAAAUUAAAUUUUUAUCUGAUUCAAUGUCCUCUAUAGUACAAUACGUUAUAGUUCGUGGCGAUUUAAUAAAAGUGCUGAAUUGGCCGGUUGGAGCAGUCAUUGCACAAUGCUGUCAUGCUACUACUGCCGUAACUCAUCAAUUUAGAGAAGAUAAAGAUACUGAAGCAUAUUUUAAUGACAUAGAUAAUAUGCACAAAGUUAUUUUAGAAGCUCCAGACCAACAGUCUAUUCAAGAUCUUCGCAAAUUAUUAGAAGAAAAUGAUAUCAAACAUAAAUUAUGGAUAGAACAACCAGAAAAUAUUCCAACUUGUAUAGCUGUUAAACCAUACCCAAAAGAAUCUGUACAUAAAUAUGUGAAAAAAUUUAAACUAUUAAAGUAAAUUUUUUUACUGAAAAAAGUAAAGUAUUUUGUAAUGAAUCUGUUUUAUUUACAAUAUUGGUAUGUUCCUAUAAAUAAUAUAUUAA